CUUUUGUUUACAUUGGAAUUGUUUUAAAGUAAAACGAUUUUAAAGAUGGUUUGCGCUUUAGGAAUCGAAGGUAGUGCCAAUAAAAUUGGUGUAGGCAUUAUUAAAGAUGGUGAAGUUCUGGCAAAUGUACGAAGAACCUAUAUCACCCCACCAGGAGAAGGUUUCCUGCCCAAGGAAACGGCCAAGCAUCACAGGGAAGCCAUUCUGGGCUUGGUAAAAGCCAGCCUAAAGGAGGCAAAACUGGAACACUCAGAUCUUGAUGUCAUUUGCUACACAAAAGGUCCAGGAAUGGCUCCUCCUCUGCUGGUUGGCGCAAUUGUGGCACGCACGUUGUCCCUCUUGUGGGAGAUUCCACUCCUAGGUGUGAACCACUGUAUAGGGCACAUCGAAAUGGGUCGCUUGAUAACCGGUGCCCAGAAUCCCAUAGUUCUCUAUGUAAGCGGUGGCAAUACACAGGUGAUUGCCUACUCCAAUAAGAGAUAUCGCAUCUUUGGUGAGACAAUAGAUAUUGCCGUGGGCAAUUGCUUGGAUCGCUUUGCCCGCAUCAUAAAGCUAUCCAACGAUCCCAGUCCGGGAUACAAUAUCGAGCAGCUGGCGAAGCAGAGCAGUCGGUAUAUUAAAUUGCCUUAUGUGGUAAAAGGAAUGGACGUGAGCUUCUCGGGAAUCCUAUCCUACAUCGAGGAUUUGGCUGAACCGGGCAGAAGGCAAAAUAAGCGGAAGAAGCAGCAAGAAGAGGAAGUCAAAGAUUAUAGCGCAGCGGAUCUUUGUUACUCCCUGCAGGAGACCAUCUUCGCCAUGCUGGUGGAGAUCACAGAACGCGCCAUGGCCCACUGUGGAUCCAAUGAGGUUCUAAUAGUUGGAGGCGUGGGCUGCAAUGAACGACUCCAAGAUAUGAUGCGUAUUAUGUGCGAGGAACGUGGUGGCAAAUUGUUCGCCACCGAUGAACGUUACUGCAUUGACAACGGGCUGAUGAUUGCCCAUGCCGGCGCAGAUAUGUUCCGUUCCGGCACGAGAAUGCCCUUUGAGGAGGCCUUCGUUACCCAAAGGUUUCGCACCGACGAAGUGCUGGUCACCUGGAGAGAUGAUUGAUCACAAAAGGACAAAUAAGUGUGCUUUGUUUGUUUAUUAAAUAACUAACUUCCAUAA